AUGGCUGAACAACCAGAACAAGCAUCAAGAACACUGUUAGCCUCUUCUAAGUUUAUUGCAAAGGAAGAGCUAAUUGUGCUAGUCGAUACAUAUAUGGAUCGGAAAUUCGAUGAAGAAAUUACCAAAAUUGAAGAGCGUGGAGGAAUUGAUGCCUUUCAAGAUCUUUUGGGCGUGCAAUUCGAUACAGGCCUCAAAGCCGCAGAUAUUAAUGAAGAAAGAAUAAAUGCCUUCGGGUCAAAUAAAAGGGAAGAAAAAAAGAAUGAUACUUUUUGCGAGCUUUGCUGGGAUGCCCUAGGUGACAAGAUCCUCAGAAUCCUUCUGGUCAUGGGGACGUUAAGUCUUAUUAUUGGCGCUACACUUGAAGAUCAUCCAGAAUACGCGUGGAUCGAAGGGUUUGCUAUUUUAAUGGCCGUCUUCAUUGUUGUGAUGGUAUCAUCAACAAACAACUACUUUAAACAAAAAAAGUUUUCUGAGCUGAAGAAUAUGCACAAAAACAGGGCUCAUUUAUCAGUUAUAAGGGAAGGACAAAUUCUUACUCUGCACCCAAGCGAGAUAUUAGUUGGGGACAUUGUAAAGCUGGUUCAAGGAGAAAUUAUCCCUGCUGAUGGGAUUCUAAUUAAAGCUCAAAGAUUACAGACAAAUGAGUCUGCUCUUACUGGUGAAAAUGAUAAUGUUGAUAAAGAAGGUCACGAAGAGUGCUUAAAGAGACUUAAAGAAUGGAUGAAAAAAGGAACAAGAGCUGAAGGAGAUCACGCAAAAAGAGAAAUCCCUUCACCUAUUGUAAUUUCAGGAACUAAUGUAGUUGAAGGGAGUGGGGAAAUGGUCGCAAUUGCUGUUGGACAGUACUCAAAAGAAGGAAGAAUUUCAGGUCUUGCAGAACAAGAUGAAGAAAUGACUCCUUUGGAAAUUAAGCUUGACUCCCCACCUUUAAAGUGGAACAAAAUGUCGUAAAAUUUCCAUUUUUUUGGUAAAUUAACCCCCCCUUUAAAUUGGAACAAAAUUCAAUUUAUAAUAAAACAUUUUAUAGAUAAAAAUCAUAAUUUUUGUGUAAAAAGUUUUGAUAUAAGUUAAAUGUUUCUUCUUAACUAAAAUUAACAAUUUAGUCAUAUCUUGCUCUUGUUUAAAGAAGAGAACAUAAAGAGCAUCUUAUUUAAAUAAAUUUAUUAUCCUUAAUUGAUAAAUUUUUAAAAAAAAAAUUGAUUUUUUUUCGAUAAAAAUAUUAUUUUUUAUUUAAAUAAUUUUGAUAUAAAUUCAAUGGAAUUCUUUACAAAAAUUCAAAAUUUACUUAUUUCUUACUUUAUUUUAAAGAAUAGAGUAUAAUAACAUCUUAUAUAAACAAAAUUAGCACUUUGAUCGAUAAAUUUUAUAAAAAAUUGUUUAUCAAUAAAAAUAAUAAUUUUUGUGUAAAUAGUUUUGAUACCAAUUAAUAGUGGCGUAUUAACUAAUAAUAAAACUUUAGUUAUAUCUUUUUUUUUUAAAUGAUAAAGAGUAAAUAGCACUUUAUUAAACAAAUUUAUUAAUCUAAUUCGAUAAAUUUUUAAAAUUUUUUUUUAAAAAAAUUUUAUAUUGAUUUUUUUAAUAAAAAAAUUGUCUUAACCCCCCUUUAAAUUGGAACAAAAUUUUUGGUUACAAUUUAAAGGGUGGGGGAGUGAGAAUUUAGCUGAUAGAAUUUCAGGACUCGGCUUAGGAGCAGGUGUCUUUGUCGUUUUAAUAUUGUGGCUGCGAUUUGUAAUUGAACUUGGCACUGGAGCUAAUGAAUGGGACACUGGAGACAGCAUAACUGACUUGAUCUAUGCCGUAAUUGUAGGAAUAACUGUAAUUGCUGUCGCUAUCCCAGAAGGUCUUCCUCUUGCAGUCACAAUUUCUCUUGCUUACUCAGUUAGAAAAAUGCAAAAGGACAUGAAUUUAGUUAAAAGACUUCAUGCUUGCGAAACAAUGGGAGGUGCAGACUGCAUUUGUUCAGAUAAGACUGGAACACUAACUAAAAAUGUCAUGGAAGUCCAACGAUACUCAGUUGAUGGAAAUCUUUAUGAUCAGCCUAAAUUUAAGACCAUGUUUGAGAAGCAUGAAGAUUACUUUGCUUUCUUAAAAGAUGCCAUAUGUUUGACCUCUACUGCAAGGCUUGAAACAGAUGAUUUUGGAAAACCUAAGGAAAUUGGGUCUAAAACUGAAUUAGCCAUGGUCAAGAUGCUGUUAGGACUUGGACAUGAUGAUUAUAUGCAAAUCAGACAGAAUGUCCAAAAAAGCGUUCUUGUGACAAAUCCAUUUGCCUCAAAAAGGAAAAGAGGAAGCGUUGUUGUUGGAUACUCAGAAGACCUGGUAAGAAUAUAUGUCGUUGGAGCUUCGGAGUAUCUUGUGAAAUCAAGCAAAAAACAAUUGACUUUAGAUGCUACUUUGGUUGAUGUAGAUGUUUAGAUUAUAUUAGAUUAAAGAGUCUCUGCCGGAUUAUUUCAGCCCACUAUCCCGCCUCCUCCCCCACUUCAGGCUUGCGCCCUGUGCAUGGGUAGCACUUACGCCAUUUUUGCCGACGUCACAAAAAUAGUGACAUCGCCGUCCUCGGGGUGAUGCACCCAGGCACUUCCUUGAAAACCCUAACGAUCAGCUCGUCCGUCCGGAGGUGGAAGAAGGUAGGUGCUCUGAAGCCUCCUCCUGCUCUCAAUUGAUACCUUCGCUGCCAGGAGUGUGGGUUGUCUUUGCGACUCUGAUCUACUUGUCAUAGGUCGAGGUAAAAAAAGCCUUGCCUUGGUGUCCUAGCUAGUGGAAAAAACCUACCCGGGGCACAAAUCCUCCAGGCUCCGGCCCUCUUAAACCCACAAAGCCCGAGGCUGUGGGAGAAGAACAGGCCAGAGUGGUAGCCAUUUUAUUUGCGUUGAUGUAGACGAAGAUAGAAGACAAAGCUUAAAGAAAGACAUUGAAACAAUGGCUGGACAAGGUCUUAGAACUCUUGGAAUUGCUUUCAAAGAUCUCUCUGCAGACGACAUGGAUAAAUUAAACGAAGUUGACAAAAAAGGUGUCCCAGUUCUUGAAAAAAAUGGAUUGACACUGCUGGGGAUUUUCGGAAUUUACGACCCUCCAAGAGAUGAAGUAACCAAAGCUAUCCAAGAUUGUAAAAAUGCUUUUAUAAAAGUCCGAAUGGUUACAGGUGACAACCCUAUAACUGCUUUAGCUAUUGCCAGAAGUAUAGGAAUUGCUGAUGAUAACAGUAUAGCUAUGAUUGGAGAAGAUUUCAGAAAAGAAGUCGGCGGAGUUAUCUGUGAAGAAUGCAAAACUGAGCUAUGCGACUGUCCUAGAAACUCUAAAAAUGCUGGAGAUAAAAAAGUUAGAAAUGAUGUAGUUGGGAACUUUGACAAUUUUAAGAGGAUCAUUGGACAUUAACAUUAAUUAAUUAUAUGAAAAAUUGACCGGAAUUCUCAACUAAGGCCUACCUUCAUCCCUAAUCUUCCAUUCGGCUGCUCACUACCAAUCGUCUUACAGCCUUCAAAACUUCGCUCCUACAGACGAGGAUGUGCACUCGCUACCUGUAGUCGGAUGAGCUGUAUCACCGUGCCGUACGCCAACUGAGCUACCUUUUCCGAAAAUUCGAAAGAUUGAAUUUUCUGGUCGGAUUGUCGACCAAAAUGGAAAUCCAAAGCCUGGGACGCAAUGCCCAGUAUCGCGCUAGGGAAAAACCUGAUGGACCAAUUAGUACUCCUUGGUACUGUUGAGCUACUCCUUUUCGACUCUAAAUACCAUUUCCAAAAGAGGUAAAAACCUUGACCUGGAAUGAGCUGCGGUUAACCAAACUCAACAUUGCGCUCCACCAAGCCAAGUAAAGCCUGGCCUGAUAUACCAUCCGAGCUCCAAUUUCCCUUCCACAAGGUCCCCACCCCCUGUGGGACGUUGGCUACAGGGGUUGAGAAAAAGGGCUGCCAUUUUAAAGUAUAUAAGGAUCAUUGGACAUCUUGACGUGUUAGCGAGAUCUCAGCCUGAAGAUAAAUAUACACUUGUGACUGGACUAAAGCAAAUGGGAAGUGUUGUUGCUGUUACAGGAGAUGGCACUAAUGAUGCCCCAGCUCUCAGGAAAGCAAAUGUAGGGUUUGCUAUGGGAAUUGCUGGAACAGAGCUCGCACAAGAAGUUGCAGAUAUCAUUUUACUCGAUGACAAUUUCAAUUCAAUUGUAAAAGCUGUGAUGUGGGGAAGAAGCAUUUACGAUAACAUUCAAAGAUUUAUUCAGUUCCAGCUUACUGUGAACGUUGUAGCUGUCACAUGCGCUAUUAUAGGAGCUGUCACUAUCAAGCAAUCUCCAUUAACAGCUGUUCAACUUCUCUGGGUCAACUUAAUUAUGGACACUUUUGCUUCUUUAGCCCUUGCAACUGAACCCCCAACAGACGCAUUGCUUAUGAGAAAGCCUCACAAUUUGUCAGAUUUUAUAAUCACCCCAAGAAUGUUUAAGCAAAUUUUUGGUCAAGCAAUAAUACAGAUCGCUAUAUUAUUUGCUAUGAUGUACGCAGGAGAAUACUUCAUUCCUGAAUAUGGCUCAGGAAAAAGAAUUUUAUACAACCCAAAGAGUGAAGAUUACGUAAGGUCAGGAAGAGACUAUCAUUUUGAUGGUGAAAAAGAUUACUAUGACUUAUACAAUGAUCCUGAUAUAGGCCCAAGCAGGAUGAUGACUUUUAUUUUCAACGUUUUUGUGCUAUUUCAAUUAUUCAAUGAAAUAAACUCAAGGAAACUGUUGGAGGAAUGGAACAUCAUGUCAAAUAUGCUUCAAAGUUGGCUGUUUAUUAUUAUAUGGUUCUUCACUUUUGGCGUACAAGUUAUUAUGAUCCAAGUCGGGAGUUGGGCUAUGGGCUGCCAUUUAGACGGUCUUACUGUUGAGCAGUGGUUUAUUUGUAUAGCUUGGGGAUUUGUUCCAAUUGUGUGGAGAUUUGUAAUUAUUUUGGUUCCAUUCAAAACUGAAAUACAUACAGAUGAUAAUAAGCCAGCAUCGCAUCUUGCAAGCAGUAUUCAUAAAGGCAGUCAAAGCUUGAAACGUCAUAUGACAAGUAAUUAUAACCCUUAA